AUGCCCUCAACUUCAAGUGGAGAUAGCAGCAUUGAUGCGGGCUCUUUCGAGGCUUUCUUUGAUGGCUGGAUUGUUCGUCACAAAAAUUUUGUUGAGGAGCUACUCAGAGCACAACAAAGUUAUGAUGAGUCUUGGGAGGAUGCAAUCAGGGGCCUUAUUUAUCGAGUUCUGGCUCAUCUACACGAGUAUUAUCAAGAAAAGUCAAGAAUGAUUCGAAGGGAUGUAUCUCUAGUGUUUUCACCACCUUGGUUCACUGCAUUGGAAAGAACCUUUUUUUGGAUUGCAGGAUUCAGGCCCCAAUUGGCAUUUUCUCUGGUGAUGAGAUCUGUGAAUGAUUUUACUGAGAAUCAAUCCCAGAGAAUUCAAAGGUUGACGCAUGAUGCAGAAAUGGAAGCAGAGGUGCUGGCUGAGGAGUUGGCAAGGGUUCAAGAGAGUGUGGCGGCCCCACCGGUGUCUGAUCUGGCGAAGCAGGUAGGAAGAAGGGUGGCGAACGGUGGAGAAAUAAGGUAUUUGGAUACAAUGCCCGAGGCAUUGAAGUCAAAAAUGGAGAAUUUGCUCAUUGAUGCGGAUUUGUUGAGGAGAAGAAUAGUUCAGGAGGUAGUGGAAAUACUGAGUCCCGCACAAAAUAUGAGGUUCUUGGGUGAUGCAAUUCAGCUCCACCUUAGGAUCCGGGAGCUGGGGCGGCAGAGAGAGGCGGAGGCAGAGCAGCUUCAGCACGAAAGAGAAAUGGGUGGUAGGCAAUUUCUAUCUAGCUAG